GCCCGCGCAGCCGGCUGCGCCCUCUCCAGACGUCUGGACACCGAAGCGGGAGUCGAGAUGCUGCGGGUCGGGCACCCUCUGUGGAGCUGACCAGAAGCCAGAGAGGCUGAGAAGAGCCUGACGGAGGCCGGGCCGAGCACGAAGCCCUUCCCGCCCGUCGGGUUGCUGGGUUCCCGCCGCCGUCCAGUUUCUGGCGGUCAGGAUCACGCCAGUCGCUGGAAGCCCCGAACUCUGUGUCCCCCCCCAAGUCUCAGGCCCCCUACAGGAAUGUUCAAAAAUGAGUAUCAGGGAGGUGCAUUUGUUGAAAUCUUUAGUGCACAGGGCAAAAAUCCUGGAGCUAAAUGGAAGAUCCUUGGCAGUCCAUCUGUGAUUUGGAAAGAAUUUGAUAAAGAAGUUAAAAGUUUUGUGUUUGUUCUGGAAGGCAGCAGCCAAACAAACAGAAUUCAAUUACCAAAGGAGAAUAAACAAAUCCUUGGACUGAUCCAGAGGUUUCUUGUGCUUCAGAUUUAUGUACCCCUGGGACAGGACUUCUCUACGGAAUUGCUAAUUACUGAUUUAGGCAACAUCAAAAGAAGAUUGUAUUUAUCGACAGUCCACAAGGAACUGUCCUCCACUCCUCUUCAUGCAAAAAUCCCACUCUUCAUGAUCAAGCGCAAAAUUUGGUGCAAUCUGUGCAUUGACUUGGUAGCAUUCACCAGUGAAAUAUUCAAGGGAGCAGUCUUCCAGUCAUUGGAUGGAAUUAUUGUCUCAGCCAACUGUAAGCUGCGGAAGAUCUUCACUUUAAAAUCCAAGCCUCAAGACACAGCUGAUAAAGAUGAUUCGUUAAUCCACAGAGGAACAGGUAGCUUGCGGAACAGCAGAAAUCAAGAUACUUGUCAUAUUGCCUUUGGAUCCAGAGUUCUUGGACCACCUCCACUGUCUGGCAGAAGGAAUAACGUGAGGGUAUCCAGUGAGACAGUAAGAUCUGUUGGACCCAAAAGUCACCGAUCAUGCCAGCGGUCCACUGUUGAUAAAUGUGUUACCAAUUCAGAGAAGUCACCCUCGCUGAUACCUGACUGUGUGGAGCAAGGAGAUAAAGAAAAUAUUUGCCAAAUAAGACAUCCUGUGCCUUUUCAUGCCAGUCUACCCAUUAUGCACCCACAUCCCCCUCAAGAACCAUCAGCAGAUAAGAAUAAUAACAGAAGAAGAUUCCGGUUAAAAGGCACCAGCAGAGAAAGGACAGACACACCCAGCGGGAGUUCUUCAGGAAACCACAAGAAUGAAGAAGAUAAAGCAACAACCGUCCUGGCUACUGUGGCCCAGGAAGACACAGAAGUGGUGAACUCCAGCACUCCAGGGCCCCAGUCUUCUGAUCAAGCAGAUGAGUGGAUAUUUCCUGAAUGUGAUGAUCACAUUCCCCACUUGACGUCCAGCAAACAGUCCCCACUUCUGUAUGAUGACUCCUGCAACACAUCACACCUGUGGCUGCAAGCCAGCAAUGAAAGUGAUCAUGACUGUGAGGUAGAGGGAACCCAGAUCAUUCAAGAAGACAUUUUUACCUUCUCAUCAAGACCACGGUCAGCACCUCAUGGAAAGACUCCAGAUAUGUCCCCAGAGGGGGGGGCAUUUAUUUUGGAUCCAAAAGAGGACAACAGUGUGACAAGCAGAGACACCCGAUUGGAGGAUGAUUUUUAUGGCAUGGACAGCAGCGAAGAGGGUUACACCAGUCUCCAGGGUUCUCCAGGCUCCACAACUAGUCCUUCAGGAUUAACCCAGUUAACGUUAGAGAACACGCUGGGCAGCUCUGCAGGGUGGACAAGGAGAGGAUGUCCAGAGGCACUGGGAAGCCAGGAUUCCUUGGUGAAGCAAGAAGAUAGAAAUGACCUGCAAAGGAGUCUGUUGCCCGCACCUUGUCUUUCUCCCCCUAGAAGAAGCUGUGGAUCCUCUCAGAAAACUCUAGACCCCCUUAUCAAAGCAGAGGCUCUACCAGCCCAUCAAGUGCCAACUUCACUAAACAAAACCUCCCUGAAGGAAAUCACAGCCGAAAAGUUGAAACCGAUCCCUGAAGUGUCUGAAUAUGACUGGAGAAAUUAUCAGCCCAGCCAGAUGAGUGAAUCCGAGUUGCAGAUGCUGGCAAGCCUACGGCGGCAACAGAAUGAAGAACUGGAGGAUGCUGGUACUUCCCAUGGCCUGAGUGCAUCCCAGGUUGACAACUGUAAUGUCAGCAUAAGCACCAGCAGUGAUGACACAACCACCUGGAACUCCUGCCUGCCACCCCCUGUCAACCAGGGUCGUCACUAUCAGAAAGAAAUGAAUCCGCCUUCUCCUUCUAACCCCAGAGACUGGUUAAACAUGUUGAGCCCACCAAUAGUUCCUCCCAGUCAACAGUCAGCUGGACAGCAUCUGGAUUCCUCUGGAAGUCUGAGUGCUCAAGGUGAAGAAGACCUGAGUGUGGACGAGGACGAGGAAGUGCUGACGCUGCUGUAUGACCCGUGUCUGAACUGUUACUUUGACCCUCAGACUGGGAAGUACUACGAGCUGGUGUAAUCUACUCUUCUGGGGGAGAAAAUGGGCAUCCCAGUCAGAGCAGGAUUGGCCAUGCACAGUCGCAAGAGGCUGCAUGUUGGGGAUGCUGGGCAGGCCUAUGGAAUCAAAAGGACCUGAGAGAAAUGAAUGCAUUUGGUAAAUAAUGUUCAAUGUUAAGAAUACCUACCUUCCUUUUGUAGAUUUUUGGGAUUUUGAAACUGUGGAGGAAUUCAUACAGACACAAGAUUUUAGAACUUUGAAUUGGUUCUUAUUUGUUCAUUCUCAGCUUACAUUUCAUUUUGUUUAUUUCAUAAAUUUGUAUGUAAAUGAAUUAAGAGUUUUUCAUUCAGAUUUUUACAGUGUUACUUUGUAAAUGAUGGUUUGAUAUAUGGAAAAUGUAUUCUUGUUUAAAAGAU